AGUUCGGCAAGAAUGGCAUCCCGUCCGCGCCGCGCACCGCGACAACGGACUCCUGUUCCAAGCACUUUCGCCGCUUCUGCUGCUGAUUUUUGUGAUCCAAGCAGCAGUGAUAGCUCAAGCAACGAUGCGGGAUCGUCAGAUUUUAGCAGUGAUGAAGACGCUCCAGCUCAAGUGCCCCGAACGUCAACAGGUGCUCGCAGGGUUUCAACAACCUACGGCGGGGAUAUUUUGCCAAGUGCACCGCGCCGUAUCGAGUUUCAACCCACGAGACAGCCCGGUGCCCAUGUCGGAGCAGUGCGGCGGAGCGAUGCGCGUCGGUUCACAAGAGCGCUGGAUUUUUUCCUCUUGUUUUUUACUACAGAGGUCAUCAAGACUUUGUGUGAGAACACAAAUAAAUAUGCCUGGAUGCAUAUUUUGGACCGACCGACCUACGCUCGACGUGACGGUUCUUGGGAGGAUGUCACUCCACUGGAGAUGCUCAGACUUAUUGGGAUAAUCAUCUAUAUGGGAGUUGUUGAAGUGCCACGACUGCACUUAUAUUGGCGCUCAACAGGAAUAUUCAGCAAUCUUCUCCCGCGAAAUAUUAUGCCAAGGGACCGUUUUUUCGCGUUGCUGUCAUUCCUAAGUGUAGGGGACCCGGAGGACUUGGCAGCUGCAGCAUCUGUUGGAAAGACUUGGAGGGUGUCCUGGCUUCUGGAUCACAUCAAUCAAGAAUCUGCAAAUUUGUUUCAGCCACAGCGCGACCUCGCCGUUGACGAACGGAUGGUGAAAUCGAAGGCUCGAUCAGGUAUAAGGCAAUACAUUCGAGACAAGGUGACGAAAUUCGGAUACAAACUGUGGGUGCUGGCAGACUCAAGAACUGGAUACACCCUUCAAUUUUCGGUGUAUACUGGCAAGCGUGAGGCACCAGGACCGCAUGGCUUAGCCUUUGAUGUCGUGAGCAAGCUUUGUACAAAGUACCUUGAUCAAGGCUACAGAGUUUAUAUGGACAACUUCUACACUUCAAACAAACUUUUUGAACACCUUCUCGAGCACAAAACUCUUGCAUGCGGAACAACACGCAAAGAUCGUCGCUGUUUUCCCGUUGAAUUGAAAGACGCAUCAUGGGAAAAAAGCGCAGAGCGUGGAGAUGUCCGAUGGAUUCGUGACGGCAACAUCCUUUACAUGCAGUGGAAAGACCGGCGUGCUGUAAACUUGAUGAGCACGAUACACACAGCAAAUGAGCAUGUGCCUGCCAAGAGAAGAGAGAAAAGGGGGCGCCAAUGGGCUCUGAAAGUCAUCCGAAAGCCCCUCCUUGUCCACGACUACAAUGCCGGGAUGUUAGGGGUGGACAAAUCGGACCAAAUAAUUGCCACAUACAACGUCCUCAGAAAAUGCGUACGUUGGUGGAAGACGCUGUUUUUUCACUGUGUGGAUAUCGCGUGCGUGAACAGUUUCAUACUGUUCCAGCAGCACCGAAAAGACAACCCAACAGUUGGAGAACUUUCUCGAAGCACCUACUUUGACCAGCUUGCAUUUAGGGAAGAACUGAUUCAGCAAAUAUUUGACUAUGAUGAAGUCGCAGAAGGUCAUGCUCCUUUCUCACCUCCCUUCUCGCCCUUGGACCCCAUUCGGCACCAACCAAAAAGAAUGAAGAAGAGGAGAAAUUGCAAAAUCUGCUAUCAAAAAACAAAGGCACAGAACAGAACAAACGUCAUGUGCUCCACUUGUGAAAUAUACCUUUGCUUCUUGCCCUCACGGGACUGCUUCGCCGAGUGGCACAGCCGUCAAGGCCGCUAGAUUGAUGGGCCCCAAUAAAUGCAAGACGUGGUGUACAGGAUUGGUAUAUAUUGUAAGCAUAGGUAAGGGGCCUAGUAACAAUUUGUAUAUUUCAGAAUUCUCCAAAUAAUUUUCUGGCUAAGCACAGUCACUGAUUUCUCUUUGUUUAUACUUUUAUGUGCACAUUCUUUAGUUUAUUUGACAAAUAAAAUGUGAACAAUUCUAAAUCUCACAGCACAGUCCUUGUUUAUAUAAAAAGCCACACCAAUAAGCUACGAUUUGCUGCAUAGCAAUGUUAAAUGCGUUUCGUUGUUCAAGAGAAAAAAAAUUUUUUCUGGAAGCACUCUAAAUUAGCCACUUUUCUGCCGUAACGAAAG